AUGUCCUACCCCCGGCGCACCUGGACGGGCAGCGGCAGCCGCUCCCCCCGGGAACGGCCCAGCCGCGGGGGCAGCGGCACCCUGAGUACCCUGAGCAGCGGCACGCUGAGCGGCGCCGUGGGCACCGUGGGCGCUGUGCCCGCUUACAUGGCAACCACCAGUUCUUGGUCCCAACGCACCAAGAGCCCGGGCGGCGCGUUGCCGAGCCACGGACACAGCGGCCACAGCAGCCACAGCGUCCACGCGCCGCCUCGGCUGGGCCGCUCGGCAUCGCUGCAGAGCCUGCCGGCCUCCUUGGGGUCCAAAUCCACGGGGCCCGAGAGGAGAGGCCGCAACAUCGACCCCUUGAAUUUCUCGGACGACAAGAGCGAGGUCAUGUCAUCGAUUCCUGGAACCCUUGGCACCCUUGGAACCUUGGGCCGACCCUCCUGGGACGAGCUGCAACUCGUACAGCAGCGACUGGCGGAGCGCUUCGUGAAACUCGACGAGGGCCUGCGGAGCAAAGAUCUCCAGCUGGAGGAUUUCGGGCGAUCCGUGGAGCCCAGGGAAUCCAACUGGACAGUUCAAUUCGAACUACUGACACCAAUCGACCUAACUUCGGUGAUUCUCCGCAUAUUGGUUCCUUUGCUGCUGCUACUGCCAGACCUCAUUGGAAUGGAACAAUGGCGCGGUGUGAGGGACCUCACAAAGCGCUAUGCCGAGCUGGCGGCGAAGAACGCAGACGCCAUGCGCCGCGCGGAAGCCGCUGAGGAGGAGGUGCUGGUGCUUCGCAAGGCAUUGGCGCAGUCCACGGAGGAACUGCAGCGGCUGAAGCGACGCGAGAACCGUGGGCUGAGUGACAGCUGA